CCGCUCCUUUCGUCUGGGUGCCGUUUGUUGUGUCUUUUCUGUUGGGUGUUUUUGCCUAGGUGUGGAGACGACGCGGCUGGCCUCCUCUCCCUUUCUUCCGAGGCUCAGAAGAGCCGGCAAUCGGCAUCAAGCUAGGCGCACACCCUGCAGCUUGGCCUGGCGAUAGCUCAAAUGCUCUACAUAUUCGGCCUAAGACUAGGAAGGACCGCCUUGAAGGUGAUGCGAUUGCUCGAGCUUGUGCGUGGGUGCCGCUCUUACUCUUGCGUCGCUAGACAGUUUGCAUUCAGGGGAAAGCAUCCAAAUACCCGCGGCAAUAAUGUCGCGUGGGCGGCACGAGAUGCGUGGCCAGUUUGCGCGAUUUGGAGAGAGCACUUCGCUAAAUUGCGACCGGGAAGUCGUUUGCUUCCUAACGUUACACACAUCAAGGCGCUGAAAGCGGUGCAGCUUGCAUGCUGCUAG